UCUCUCUCUGUCUCUCUCCCUUCUGACCAACCCGGCCGCCCCCCAUUUCUCCUCCUCUUCGGUCUCCUCUCUCUCUGCGCUGCCGUCCCGACCCCGCCUUCUGCCCCUCCGCUUAACGCGGCGCCGGCCGCCGGCCGGUCUCCUCCAAAUCCGUACAACUCGCGAGCUCUGCUUCCCCUUCCAGCACCUCCCCACCCUGCCGCAGACGCCUGCUGUCGUGGCUCUGGCCCCUGAGUGAUCUGACACCCACUGGCGGCCUUACCUCCCUGCUUCAAGUGAAGGGACAACAAUUUGUUGUCCCGCUGCUUUGAGCUGGAAACAAACAGGCAUGGCUGAUGCUAGUUCGAGGACUGACAAUUCGAUAGUUGUGGACACGGACGACAAGAAUCAAAGGAUCAUUGUACGCAUUGCUCCAGUGCCAAAAGAAACAACACACUUCUUAAAUUAGAUAUCAACUUGCAAAAGUCAACAGGACUACUGCUGCUGCACUAUAAGUUUCAUCAGAUGGAAAACGGACAAAAUGGAGCAAUGGUGCCUUCUAAUUCAUCUGAUCCGUCGGACAGGUCCGACAGGCCUAUGGACCAAAAGGUGUUGCGGCGGCUUGCCCAAAAUCGCGAGGCAGCACGGAAAAGUCGCCUGAGAAAAAAGGCAUAUGUGCAACAGCUAGAAAGCAGUAAGCUGAAACUUGCAAGCCUAGAGCAAGAGCUCCAGAAAGCUCGACAACAGGGGAUAUUCAUUUCUAGCUCUGGAGAUCAAACUCACGCUAUGAGUGGAAAUGGAGCAAUGACCUUUGAUUUAGAAUAUACUCGAUGGCUAGAGGAGCAAAACAAGCAGAUAAAUGAGCUGAGGACUGCAGUAAAUGCUCAUGCAAGUGAUAGUGAUCUCCGUCUUAUUGUAGAUGGGAUAAUGGCACAUUAUGAUGAGAUAUUCAAGCUGAAGGGUGCUGCUGCAAAGGCUGAUGUUUUUCAUAUGCUUUCAGGCAUGUGGAAAACACCUGCUGAAAGGUGUUUUUUGUGGCUUGGGGGUUUCCGCUCAUCUGAGCUUCUAAAGCUCCUUGUAAAUCAGCUUGAGCCUCUAACGGAGCAGCAGUUGUUGGGGCUAUCCAACCUCCAGCAGUCCUCGCAGCAGGCUGAGGAUGCACUAUCACAAGGAAUGGAGGCAUUGCAGCAAUCCUUGGCAGAAACAUUGGCUGGUUCUCUUGGUCCAUCAGGAUCUUCGGGAAACGUGGCAAACUACAUGGGCCAAAUGGCUAUGGCCAUGGGAAAACUUGGAACCCUUGAGAAUUUUCUUCGUCAGGCUGACAAUCUACGGCAGCAAACUUUACAUCAAAUGCAAAGAAUUCUGACAAUACGGCAGGCUGCUCGAGCUCUCCUUGCAAUACAUGACUACUUUUCGCGUUUGCGUGCCCUGAGUUCUCUCUGGCUUGCUAGGCCACGGGAGUAAAUAUUGUACACCACCUUUGACGCUUCGUGAGCUGGUCUGGGAACGUGGGGCAAAUUGCGAUGCAUUUGCGGAAGUUUGGUGGUUCAGUUCCCUCUGGAAAUAUAUAUUGGCACCUUCCGGUCUCAUAUUGUACUUCGAUGUUGUACAAGUAGGAUUAAAGGUUGUAACUGUAAGUUAUCAUGAAUUUAUAAUUGGCAGAUUGUGCAAUUGUAUUAGUUAUAAUUGGCAGAUUGUACAAUUGUAUUUAGGAAUGAAUAAAGGAGUAGAUAAUAGUUGUGUCUUGUGUUUGAGUGGUCUAUCAAUGUUCUUUUUUAUAUAGAAACACCACAAGACACAUAGGAUGUCAAAUGUAAGGUUUGAUACCGGUUGGCGUAGAGGUACAACCACAUCAUCAAGCAUCCAAUUGAACC